AUGAGAGACCCGUGGCUGGGAUGUACUGUGACAGCUUUAAUCCUGGCGUACUUCCGUUCUGUGAAAGCGAACAUGAUGCAGACAGUAAUUGGCAACACCCUAUUCACAACUAGUGCUCACCGGUCAGUCCAUGCCAUGCUGGGUCGCAUGGGUAUCGCAACGGCAUACAGCAGUACCAUUGGACGACUCCACAGUCUUGGAUUAGAUAAGAAAGCAAUAGGGCGCGUGGUUGUUGCAGGAAAAGUUCAGAUUCACCUCCUUUAUGACAACAUCAAUCAGUACCACCAGGCAUGGAGAGCCAACUUGACGACUCAGAGUGCGCUGGAAAGCGGGAUGGCAGCAACGGUCAUUGUAAAUCCGGAUGUGGAUCCAAAAGCGUUCGAUGGCCCAGGGAUUCUCACCAAAUACAUCCCUGAGUUGGCACGAUUCAAGCGGGAUGUCGACGAUUUCCAAUACAAGAAGCACGCAAAGCACCGCAUCAAGCUGGAGAAGACAGAGUAUCAUCCACUAGAGUGCUCGGGCUUUAAUGAGGCCUACACUCAGGGAAACCGCGAUGUCAUUCUUGAUGCAUUUGUCCGUCAGUUAGGAGUCAGCCACAAGGAAUUGGAAGGGAGGCAGUUUCCAGUGUCCGGCAAUCAAUCUACCAUUGCACGCAUUCGCACGUUGCUUGCACAAACAUCGACAUGCCGCACCUGGUUUACUUCUCAUAAAUGGGUCCUUCCAGUCAUCAAACUUUGGCACAUGAAAUGGACAUUUCUGAAGGGUAUUUACAAAGCACACUGGGCAUCUAAAGUCGGCAAAGGCGAUAUCGGUCUUCACUUUGCAGCUGAUCGACUGGGGCAUGAGAUUAACCCUGAUAAAGUCGACUUCUAUCCAGGUAAACAUUCAUUCCCACUUUCAAUUCGUGUAUUUCGACUGAUGGGAACAUUGGAAGAACCAUAUUACGUGGACACUCAGCACCCCAAUUAUUGGUGUCUUCAGGUCGCGCUGAUAGGCUCCACCUCUUGGAAGAACUGA